GAGGGGACGGCCCAAGAGAAGGCUCACUGACCUCUACCCAAGGGAUGAAGAAGCUGAUGAUGAAGAUGCUGAUCGCAGUUCUUCCAGUGGUGCAUCUACUCUGUUAUCACCUGUCAGAAAUUCUGACAAUGCCUCCACUUCAUCUGACAAGGAUAGUCGGCAAAUACAAGCAAGACAUUACAAAACAUUACAAGAAAUGUGUAAGAAGGCAAAACCAAACCAAGAAGAUGUGUCCCAGCUAUUAGACCUCGAGUUUGAAGCCAGAAGAUCCUUCAUUGACUCAGACACCAUGAAAGAGGAGAACAGAGCUUGCCUCAUCUUGGAUGCAUAUCCAUGCUUUAAAGAAUUGCAUCAUGCGUUGGGUGAGCUUCGCAGAAUUUUGGAUCCCCACAACAACAAGUUCAUCAGUCAAGUAAAACUGAGAUGGGAAGAAUUCUGCUCCAGGGUAGAGUUCUACGGUGUGUCAAAGAAGGCAAUGAAUCCACCAAUGACCAUGGACAAAACUGAAGCCCACCUUGCACUGAUGAAGGCUCUUCCAACCCUCUUUCCCACACCUGCCCAUCCACCAAAAAAGAUGGGGAAUGCUUCUGAAGCAUUUCUACAUGUCCUGAAGCCUACAGAAGAUCCAGAUGCUGUCCUCCAGAAACGAAGCUUGUCAUGUCCAGUAGUGAUGUUCGAUGGCUGCAAGUGUGUCAUUGCUGUUGGUAAUUUACCAGUUACAACAUUUGACAAAGAAAAAAUUGGUGAGGCUAUGAUAUAUGUGAUGGCAUACUUUUAUGCACUCCAUCUGACUUACCCCAAAUGCGUGGCAACCCUGCUGUCUGUCAUUCAGACAGAAGUUCUCCAGGAUGCCAUUCAUGAGCAUGACACUACAUCAUCUUACAGAAAAGCCCUGGCAGAAUGGCAUGCAUUUAUUGGAAAGUAGUGUGUAAAUUUCAGAUAAGAUUAGGAGAGGGCACUUCUGUUUUGUUUUUGUUUGUUUUUUCAAUGUGGGUCUUAUUUCUAAAAUGGAAAAUGUUCAUUUACUCACCCAGACAAGUUUUGUGGUAUUUGGUGUCAUUCGGAAGAAAUUUGAAUCUUUGUGGUCUUCCUAUGUCACUCGUCAAUUUUAAUGGGGCAAUGGCGAAACCUCUAAGGCUGUUGAAAUGUUGAAACCACUUAAACAAACUCAUAAUGUUGGACCUGUACUGUUCAAUUGUAUCUUUAUUAUCUGCAGGUUAUUGUUAAA